AUGGCUGAAGACAGUAGCAACGAAUUCACGCCUCUUGACUUAAGCAUGAAAGACAAAACAACACCAAGUGCAAGUCGUGACGGCACCCACGACGCUUCAUCUACGUUGGGCGCAUACACAACGAUUUCUGACGACGCCUUGCAGUACCAGAGGAACACGCAGCACCCGCCCAUGACCGAGGAGACUUGCAACAUCGACGGUGCCACUGAAAAUGGCAGCACAGGUUGCCAGCCCCUGGGGUCCACCAGGGACAUCGAUAACGUAAGGCCGAGCACAAGCCGCGCUGGCAUGGAGGAAGCAUCAGCCAGUUUUGAAGACGGCGCCACGUAA